CUUCAUUUCAAGGGUUUCGACGUCACCCCUCUCUCUCUCUCGCUCGCUCUGUAGGUCUUGCUUGGCGAUAAUGGAAGCAUCUCGGCCUCAAAAUUCUGAUCUUUCAGGCUUUUGAGAGGAUUUGCAAGAAAAGUAAGGAAUUGGGAGCAUCUGAUUAGGGGUUUUGUUUGAGAGAUCCGAGUGGAGUGAGAAGGGAAAAUGUCGAGCAGUAGGAACACACAUUGGUGUCACAGAUGCAGGCGGCCUGUGCAACUCCGAGGGCGAGAUGCAGUUUGCCCUUAUUGUGAAGGCGGCUUUGUGCAAGAGCUUGAUGGGAUUGGUCCUUUUGAUUUCCUUGGACUGGAUGAUGAUGAUCAUGACAACAGAUUUGGGAUAAUGGAGGCUUUUUCUGCUCUGAUGAGGCAACGAAUGGGUCGCAGAAACCGUGACUUUGACCUCAGAGGGAGGUCUGGUAUUGGUCCAGAUCAUGGUUUGGCAGGAUUAGGCGCUGGGUAUGGUGCUGGUCCUUGGCUGAUAUUCCGUGGCCAAGUUCCUGUCAGGAUGUCUGAAAAUGGUGGGAUUGAAGUGCUUUUCAAUGGGGGUCCAGGAGUUGGCUUGAGGCGAGCUAACGUUGGUGAUUACUUUCUUGGUCCCGGACUGGAUGAACUGAUAGAACAGCUCACUCGGAAUGAUAGGCAUGGACCGCCCCCAGCAUCUCGGUCUUCAAUUGAUGCCAUGCCAACAGUAAAGAUUACGCAGAGGCAUCUGCGCACUGAUUCUCACUGCCCUGUUUGUAAAGAUAGAUUUGAGUUGGGCUCUGAAGUGCGGCAGAUGCCAUGUAACCACAUAUACCACUCGGAUUGCAUUAUCCCAUGGUUGGUUCAGCACAAUUCCUGCCCUGUCUGCCGCCAUGAAAUGCCACCACAAGGAUCAAGUGGUUCUGGGGCUAGCAACAGAAGUAGCAGUGGUGGUGGUAACUCCAGCGGGAGGGAGAGUAAUGGGGAUAAUCAGGGAAGGCGCAACCCAUUCUCCUUCUUGUGGCCUUUCCGCUCGUCAAACUCAAACUCAAACUCAAACUCGCAACGUACUGAAUCAAGUGGAAGCAGCUCAGCAGCCGUUCGUGAAGAUAAUCACCAGAUUAGUUACUCUGGAUGGCCUUUUGAUUAUUAGGCUUCUUGUGUUUUAGAGUUUUGUGUUCUUUACUUUGGUUGUUGUGCAGUCAUAAUCCACUUAUCAUAUCCAAGUGAUAUGAGUAAAUAUGCUUGGUGAAGUGAAAGUGGUUUAACGUCUUGGCAUAUACUUAAUGGUAUAGGUGAUCAACUGUCAUUGGUGCUACUGCUCUCCUUAUGUAAAUGUUUUGGAUUAUAUUUCUUGUGCCUUAAUCUUCUAAACUCAACUUUUUUUUUUAUUU